CUGCAUAUUUGCGUAACGAUAUGAAAUUAUAUAAAAGAGGGUUCUUAUCUAAGUGAGCUGCACAAGUUUUGGGGCAAUCAUCGUUUUAUGCCACAAUAAAAUACCGAGACAAACAAGAUGUUGUCUCUUCUGCUGCUUGUCUGCGUGACGUCAUCACUCGGAGCACCUGUGAACAUUUUGAAUUCAUGGAACGGUGGAUUUCAAGGAACGUUCACAGUUCAUGCUGACCAUGCUGUUCACGGAUGGAAGGCUCACCUUACAUUUGACAAACCCAUUGAUAGCCUCGAGAUAUGGAAAGCCACUGUCGUAUCACACAGUCCCACAGAAUGGGUCGUGAAAAACAUGCCAUGGGACGCUGAUCUAAAGCCUGGAGAAGACUUAGUGAUAGAAUUCAUUGGUCAUAUGUCAGGGGAUCAAGCACCGCAAUCAACUUACGUUAUUGAAGGAGCCGGAGCCGGUUCCAGUUCAGGCACAACUGGCACAGGCGGUACCGGAAGUGGUACCACUGGCUCAGCAACACAGGCACCUAACCAGGCAAAUACCCAGCCACCUGCAGCUCAUACUGGUAACCCAAUAACUCCCGGAAGUUCUUCUACCGGAGGAUCGGCUAUGAAGUACGAUUAUGGAAAAGCCCUCGGUCUGUCAAUUCUGUUCUUCGAUGCCCAACGAUCCGGUAAACUUCCCGACAACAACCCAAUACCGUGGCGCGGUGAUUCCGCUGUAAACGAUAAUGACCAAGGUCAUGACCUUAGCGGAGGAUGGUACGAUGCCGGAGACCAUGUUAAAUUUAACCUUCCAAUGGCUUUCUCCACGUGGGUGUUGGAAUGGGGCAUGCUAAAGUUCAAGGACGGAUACCAGGCUGCAGGUCAACUUGACAUGGCUUGCGAUAUGAUAAAAUGGCCGCUUGAAUAUUUCCUGAAAUGUUGGGUUCCCAGUAAAAACACCUUAUAUGUUCAGGUUGGUGACGGAAACAGGGAUCAUUCUUUCUGGGGUCGACCCGAAAACAUGAACAUGGCACGUCCAGCGUUCAAAGUAACGCCAAGUUGUAAAGGAAGUGACGUAGCAGGUGACACGGUGUCUGCACUGGCUGCCGGAUAUCUCGUGUUCAAAGAUGUUUGUCAAGACACGGCCUUUGCAUCGAAGCUAUUAACUGCAGCUAAGAGUUUGUACACGUUCACAAAAAGCAACCGAGGAAUCUACACGCAGUGUGUCAAUGCUGCAGCCCAAUUCUACAGCUCGAGCGGAGAGAAGGAUGAAGUGGCCACUGCGGCUGCGUGGAUGUACAAAGCAACUCAAGAAGACAAGUACCUGACCGACGCCAAAUCCCUGUAUCCUGCUGGAACACCUUGGGGUUUUGCUUGGAAUGAUGCCAACUCUGGGGCCGCUUUGUUGUUGUAUGAAGCCACAAAGGAUGAUACCUAUAAGAGAGACAUAGAAGCAUUUGUAAAGAGCUACUUGCCAGGUGGCGGUAUCCAGACCACGCCCUGUGGACUUGCCUGGAGGGACCAGUGGGGACCUAAUAGAUAUGCUGCGAACGCAGCGUUUAUCGCAGCUAUGGCCGCCGAGGAAGGUAUCGAACCGGAUUCCUUCAAAAACUUUGCCAUGAGUCAGAUUAACUAUCUCCUUGGUGAUAAUAAGUAUCACAUGAGUUAUGAGAUAGGUUUCGGUUCCAAGUUCCCUCAACAUCCGCAUCAUCGAGGAAGUUCUUGUCCUACAACAACCACACAGUGCAGCAUAGGCGAUCCAGGUCCGAACCCCAACGUCCUCAAGGGUGGUCUAGUAGGCGGUCCUGACAAUGGUGACAACUAUGACGACAGACGUGACGAUUAUGUGAAAAAUGAAGUCGCGUGCGAUUACAACGCUGGUUUCCAGUCGGCCCUAGCAGGAUUGCGACAUUUUGCAGCAAACAAUGCUCUGCCACCAGCACCAACAUCUAAGUGUUGAUUCCAUUUCUAAUAUUACAUUUGUUUUAUUUAUAAAAAAUGAUUACACGUUGAAAUACAAAUUGUUUUAAGGAUAUAA